AUGGCUGGACUUGAUCUAUUUGUGGACAUCACCACCCCCAAUGGCCACAGCUACAAGCAGCCGACCGGUCUAUUCAUCAACAAUGAGUUUCGUCCGUCCUCUAGUGCACAGACUAUUACAUCUCUUGACCCGGCAACGGACCUGCCAAUUGCGACGGUACAUGCAGCCAACUCGGAUGAUAUUGACCAAGCAGUCAAGGCGGCGAAGGCAGCAUUCUCUCACCCUUCAUGGAAGUUACUACCGCCAACUGAGCGAGGCCAGUUGAUGGGAAAGCUAGCUGAUCUUAUUGAGCAGAAUAAGGAACUGUUUGCCUCGAUUGACGCCUGGGACAACGGGAAACCGUACCAUGUCGCCUUGAACGAAGAUAUACCAGAGGCUAUUACUACUAUCCGCUAUUACAGCGGCUGGGCGGACAAGACUUUUGGUCAAACUAUUAGUACCACCCCCAAAAAACUGGCGUACACCCUGCGACAGCCCAUCGGUGUUGUCGGACAGAUCAUCCCUUGGAAUUAUCCUCUAUCCAUGGCGACCUGGAAACUGGGACCUGCCCUAGCCUGUGGCAAUACGGUGGUACUCAAAGCAGCGGAGCAGACACCUCUGAGUAUCUUAGUCUUAGCCACAUUGAUCAAGGAAGCCGGAUUCCCCCCUGGGGUUGUGAAUUUCGUUAACGGAAUUGGCCGUGAAGCAGGCGCUGCGCUGGUGCAGCAUCCCCUGGUCGAUAAAGUAGCCUUUACAGGGUCGACUAUGACCGCUCGAGAAAUCAUGAAGCUGGCGGCUGGGACACUGAAAAACAUCACUCUAGAAACGGGUGGAAAAUCACCCCUCCUAGUUUUCCCCGAUGCCGAUCUCGAUCAGGCAGCUAAAUGGGCCCAUUUCGGUAUCAUGUCCAACCAAGGGCAGAUCUGCACUGCGACAUCGCGCAUCUUUGUGCACCAGGCCAUUCUGGCCCCUUUCCUGGAGAAGUUCAAAGCAAUUCUCGAGUCCACAUCCCAGAUCGGCGAUCAAUGGGAUGAAUCUACUUUCCAGGGACCCCAAGUAACCCGUGCGCAAUACGAUCGAAUCCUCUCCUAUAUCGCAACCGCCAAAGCAGAGGGCGCAAAAGCCCUCUCCGGUGGCGAACGCCAUACACCAUCCACAAGCAAGAACCAGAAUGGAUACUUCAUUCAGCCAACCGUAUUCACGGAUGUCACGGACUCGAUGCAGAUCUGUCGCGAGGAAGUCUUCGGUCCCGUAGUGGUCAUCUUGCCAUUUGAAACCGAGGAGGAAGCCAUUCGACGGGCGAAUGAUACAACUUACGGUCUGGGAGCGGCAGUUUUCACUCGAGACUUGGAACGAGCACAUCGUGUGGCUGCGGAGAUCGAGGCCGGCAUGGUCUGGGUUAAUAGUAGUCAGGAUUGUGAUCCCCGGGUUCCGUUCGGGGGUGUCAAGCAGAGUGGGAUCGGUCGUGAAUUGGGCGAGGCUGGACUGGAGGCGUACAGUCAGAUCAAGGCUGUGCAUGUUAAUAUGGGAAAUAGACUGUAG